AUGAAAAUGGUGUUGUCACAACGGCAACGAGAGGAGCUGAACAAAGCGAUCGCCGACUACCUGGGCAGCAAUGGCUACAACGACGCGCUGGAAGCGUUUAAGAAGGAAGCAGACAUGACCGGUGAAAUGGAUCGCAAGUUCGGCGGCCUCUUAGAAAAAAAGUGGACAUCGGUCAUUAGGCUGCAAAAGAAGGUUAUGGAACUAGAGUCCAAGCUUUCUGAAGCACAAAAGGAAUUCAUAGAAGGAGCGCCCACACGAGCCAAACGCACGCCGACCGAAUGGAUCCCGCGCCCGCCGGAAAAGUUCUGCCUCACCGGACAUCGCGCUACUAUUACAAAGGUAAUAUUUCAUCCAGUGUUCAGUUUGUUAGUGUCUUCGAGUGAGGACGCCACAAUCAAAGUGUGGGAUUUUGAGAAUGGCGAUUACGAACGAUCCCUGAAGGGCCAUACCGACUCCGUUCAGGACAUCGCUUUCGACCACCAUGGCAAGCUACUUGUAUCAUGCAGUGCGGAUAUGUCGAUCAAACUGUGGGACUUCAACCAAACGUACGAGUGCGUGAAGACGAUGCACGGCCACGACCACAACGUGUCGUCUGUCGCGUUCUCGCCGGGCGGCGACAUUGUUUACUCGGCGAGUCGGGACAAGACCAUCAAGGCGUGGGAGGUGGCCACCGGAUACUGCGUGAAGACGUACAAGGGUCACCGCGAGUGGGUGCGCAUGGUGCGCGUGUCGGCGGACGGUGCGCUGCUCGCCAGCUGCUCCAACGACCAGACCGUGCGCAUAUGGAACGCGGACACUAAUGAGUGCAAGAUGGAGCUCCGCGAGCACGAGCACGUAGUGGAGUGCGUGGCGUGGGCGCCGGAGAGCGCCGCCGCCGCUGUGAACGAGGCGGCCGGCGGGGACAACCGUCGCGCCAACCACCAGGGGCCCUUCCUCGCGAGCGGCUCCCGUGACAAAUCGGUUAAGAUCUGGGACGUGAGCACGGGCCAGUGCCUGGCCACGCUGGUGGGGCACGACAACUGGGUGCGCGGCGCCGUGUGGCACCCCGGCGGCCGCUACCUGCUCACCGCCUCCGACGACAAGACGCUGCGCGUGUGGGACGUCGCGCACACGCGCUGCCUAAAGACGCUCUACGCGCACCACCACUUCGCCACCAGCCUCGAUUUCCACAAGAGCUUGCCAUACGUGAUAUCAGGCAGCGUCGAUCAGACCGUCAAAGUUUGGGAGUGUCGC